AUGUUCACGUUACGAGACGCGAUUUUCCUUAUCGAACUGGCAUUCUACUGCCCAAUCCCUCCUGUCAUCAUCUUCAUUCUCCUCAUUCAUGGUGGAAAGAAGCCAUACACAUGGCGUCCCAUUAUUAUACCUCUCUUCCUACUCUCUGGGCUGCGAAUCGCCAGUGCAUCACUGGGCCUAGCAGCCAUGAACCCCGAUAAAUCCAAUCUCCUCACCACAGCAACAAUACUGGACACAAUAGGACUGGCACCAGUUCUGUGCCUGCUUAUUGGAAUUCUAGUUCGAGCCAACGCCCCCCUCCGCAAAGGCCUUUCCUUCUGGAUAUUCCUCCCCCUCCAACUAACCGUCAUAGCCGCAACAGUGAUGACAGCUUACGGCGGCCGAGACCUCUACACAACCGACGAGCACCAAACCAAAGACCUGACCCUAAUGCGCGCUGGAAUUAGCAUCUUCAUCGCCAUCUUCGGCAUAACAGUCCUCCUAUCUGUGAUCACAUUAUUCAAAGUGCAGGGCGGAUACGGGAACGAGCGCGCGGCUGCUGUGUGUGCGGUCUUGUCGAUCCCGUUUAUGAGCGUGAGGCUGGCGUUUUCGGCAGGGAGCUUGUUUUCGGGGGAGGGGAGUGUGUUGGAUCCAAUGGCGGAGGAUGACACGGGCAUUUGGUUGCAUUUGUUUAUGGUUGUUGUUAUGGAGUAUGUUGUUGUGCUCUCGGCAACGGCGGUGGCAUUGGGGUCGAGGAGGGUGGUGCUUGUGGAGAAGAAGGAUGAUGGGUUUGAUAAGGAGAUUGAGGUUCAGACUUGGAUUUGA